AUGUUAUUCGUUCAAUGUCUUCUCCUACUACACACUCUUUUCGAUAGUAGGGUUGCGGCGUCCCCUGCAUUUUUCGGACACGACAGACACGGAUCAGCAGCUCACAAGGCGAUACAUUCAAAACGGAAUCCCGUUGACGCUGGCUAUCAGCCCAUAUGUCUGUCUCUGCCGACAGUAUUCAGCCGUCAGGAAGAUGUGGUCGCCAAGAUCCGAUCCACUGACGGCACCUGCAACCCUGACGAGCACGUUGCGCCCCGAUCCCUACUUCAAUCAACAACCCCGAAUCCAAAUUCAGGACUACCCGGUCUUUACGCUCGCCAAGCAGAUGAUCCGUACGCUUGCAAUGAGAACAAACCCUGCAGCAAUGGGGCUUGCUGCGCUAAAACUGGCUACUGCGGAUAUGGCGCGAAAUCCUGCGGUACCAAUGGUCAAUCCCCCAACGACAAAUGUUGGAGCAACUGCGAUGCCCAUGCAGAAUGCGGUCGGGACUCAGAUCCCCCUAACAAGGAAUGUCCGCUCAACGUUUGCUGCAGUCAAUUCGGCUUCUGUGGAAUGUCAGACGAAUUCUGCAAGGUGACCGACGAUAAAGAAACCAGCUGCCAGAGCAACUGCGAUCAGCCUGGUAGCGGUGCAUCAGGAGGAAAUGUUCAGAAACGUGUUAUUGGCUACUAUGAGGCUUGGAAUUACCAAAAGAAGUGCAUUGGCAUGAGAAUGGGAGACAUCCCCGUGGGCAGCUUGACUCACAUCUACUACUCCUUCGGUUAUGUCAAGCCUGACACGUACGAUAUCGUUCCCAUGGACGAUGGUCAGCCAUUAUCUACCGACACUUUCACUGAGUUUGCGAGUCUCAAAAAGAAGAAUCAGGGACUCAAGGUGAUCAUUGCACUUGGUGGCUGGACAUUCAACGACAAUGGCACCAUUUGGCAGCCCGUUUUUAGUGACUUGGCUUCAACAUCUGAGAAACGAAGCCAAUUUGCCAAGAAACUCCUAACGUUCCUUGACCGCUACGGCUUCGACGGUGUAGACUUGGACUGGGAGUACCCUGGAGCGCCUGAUCGUGGUGGAAAACCCGAUGAUGGCGAGAAUCUCACCAAGCUCAUAAAGGAGAUGCGUUCUGAGUUUGAUAAGUCAGGAGGGUCUCAUAAGGAGAUCUCAUUCACCGCUCCUACUAGUUAUUGGUAUCUUCGACACUUCGAUAUCAAGGCCAGUGUUGAAGCUGCUGAUUUCGUCAAUGUGAUGGCUUAUGAUCUUCAUGGAAUCUGGGAUGCUGAGAAUCCUAUCGGGGCACAGAUUCUGGCUCACACUAAUCUCACAGAGAUCAACAAAGCGCUCGAUUUGCUGUGGCGCAAUGGCGUCGAAGCUGAAAAAGUCAACAUGGGGCUGGGCUUUUAUGGUCGAUCAUUUCAGCUCGCCGAUCCUUCCUGUUCGCAACCGGGUUGCCCAUUCAAAGGAGGUGCUUCUCCAGGCCCCUGUACAGCCAACUCAGGCACUCUCUCGUAUUUCGAGAUCAUGGAUAUCAUUGAACAGAACAAGUUGACGCCGUACUACGACAAGGAACACGGCGUCAAAUACGUCACUUGGGGUGGUGAUCAGUGGGUAUCCUUUGACGACUUUGAGACUUUCCAACAGAAAAUCGAGUUCUUCAACGCUUUAGGCCUUGGAGGUAUUCUCAUCUGGGCCAUAGAUCUGGACACGAAACAACUUGACGCGCUCGAAGCAGUCAUCUAUCCCGAACAGCUCGGUGCCAGAGCUGAAGAGGCGACCGUGGCGGACAACUGGCAGGACUCUGGCACAGGCCAGUGCAGAGUCACCGAUUGCGGCGUUGGCAGUUGCAAAAUCGGUGAAAUUGCCAUCACACAAACUCAGUGUGAGGACGAAGACUUUUGGGACGGAUCAUUCAAGGUCAAUACACUAUGCUGUCCUCUCGCAUCAGCUCCCAAGACGGAAGACUGUGAGUGGAGGGGCGGCGACCCAACCUGCAACGGUCAGUGCCACAGUGGCGAGGCUGCGCUCAUGUCCUCCUUGUACGGCGACGGGGGCAAGUGCAUCGACGGCCGCAAGUUUUACUGCUGCAAGGCUGAGGCAAAAAUGCCCGAUUGUGGCUGGACCGACUGUGGUGGUUCCUGUCCUGACACUCACAAUGAAAUGACAUGGGCAUACGACACCUGCAGCAAGAACAAGAAACGCAAGUUGUGCUGUAACAAGGAUGAAGGGUGGAAGAACUGCGCGUGGCACGGCAAGCCAGGCAGCUGUUUCGACAACCACUGCGAUACAGGUUGGCAAGUUGCUAUCACUACCUUGUAUGAAGGUGAGGGCGAAGACUGCGGCUUCUGGCACCCCGAACGCCAGCGAAGCUAUUGCUGCGACCCUCCAGAUGGAGAGUCACCAUUCUUGCCAGUACCUCUCGAGUACUUGUUCUCGAAUCCACCCGAUGAAGCCGAAGCAGACACAGAAUUCACCCUCAAGACGGAUCCAACAUACGGUGGAAGCAACACUGUGCCAUUUGCGGAACAGCCAGACAAUGCACCCUUCGGCUUUGUUAUCCUCACCAGUCCAGACGAGAUACAAGUCUCUCUAGACAAACGUGACGGAUCUCAUUGGGAGGUUUUUGAUUGCUUCGAUCCCAUUACGGAGGGCGAACACACGGUGCGGAUGAUGUGUACAGACCAGAGCGAGGACUCCAACUGUCACAAGAUUCACCUUGGUCAUGGCGCUCCCGGCACCAUCAUUCAGAUGCCAGACGGAUGCGGACCAGGAAAAUACGCCGUGGUCAAAACUCUCGAGCCAAGCAGGAACCAGAGCUUACCCCACCGUCUUGUGAAGAGAGGUUUAGCGGUGGUUGAUCCCAUAUACGACUUAACAUUCGACUAUCAGUUCAAGCGAGUACCUCGAGACCUGGGUAACACUCAAAUGAGAAUCGACUUCAGCAACGAGCCGGAGUACUGGAACAAUGUCGUAAAUAAGUCAGCCUCUAGCAGUAAACACCGAAAACGCACCCUGGAGGACGUCGGCGGUAGUCACAAACGCUGGCUGGAGGAAGAGUGGCGAGAAGACGCACACUUUGGAGCCCACUCUCCUGAAGAACUCCACAAGCGAUGGUUUGGCAGUGACGUCGUGGCCUGGCUCAAGGGAAUCAUCAACGGUGUCUCUGGCGGACUCGACAUUAGUCACACCUAUUCGGACGAUUUCAUCCUCAAGAUUAUCGAUCAGCGUCUGGAUUGCCCCAAUGUAGCGGCCAAGUUGGAAGUUAAAGCCGAGUGUCACAUUGAUGUCGACGUCAACUACGGAUUUACCCUCGUUGCCACGUUGGGAAAUCCCGGAAGUGUCAUCGAUCUCAGCGACUCGUUUUUGUACUUCCGCACCAAGGGCGAAGUGGAUGCAAAGUUCGUCGUCGAUGCUGUAGUCACGGCCAUGUUCGAUACGGGCGACAUUAUGAUGUUUUCCGCCGACAAGUUUGGGGCUGCUUUUGCCGUGCCUGGUAUCGUCACUAUCGGACCCAACUUCAAACUCUUUGGAAGACUAGAGGGCGAAGCAACUCUAGGCGUCAAUUUUGAGAGCAAAGUCAAGCUGGCAGAGUGGGACAUUCGCCAAACGUACCCCGUGGCCAACAACGACUGGGAUCCGGAAGCAUCCAAAAGCCCAGACAAGAAGGGUACACAAAAUGUGCUGGAGCCUGAAUUUGAUUACGGCUUAACACUGGAAGGCCAUCUCACUGCUCACGUCAAGCCAACAAUCACCUUUGGUAUCGACUUCAACCAAGACUUCAUUCCAAUUGACACUUGUGCUGUCAAUCUUGUUGCCGACGGUCACGUUACUUUCCACGCCGAAUUGAAGCUCAACAGCGAGUCCUCAUUCUGUUACGGUGUCGACGCUGGCGCGGAUCUCUAUGCAACGAUCGAAGCACCUUCGGAGUUCAGUUGGGCUCUUCCAAACUCGCCAUUCCCUAUAGUUCCUAUCGAUGAUGUUCAACUCUAUCCUACUGGAGAUCAGAAAGCUUGUAUCGAUAUACCUUUGAAGCGCGGACUCGACAGCAACUACCUCCAAGAGAAUACGAGCACGAUAUCAUCGGGUCGGUCCCAGCGUCGGCGCCCCCUGACACUCGACGAUGGGGAAAGCCAUCUCAACGCCCUUGGCAAGAGAGCACAAGUCUAUGGACCUUUGAUUCCUCGUCUAGAUGGCCUGAGCUGUCCUGGAGCCAUUGAUGUAGGUGAUAUACCACCAUGUCCUCUGUGUUCAGACGACAGCGGCGAUCUCCAGAAGCGUGCAGAGUCAUGCUGGUUGGAUCCUUACGCCACAGGAGUACCCUGCUCGUCGGACGUGACCGAAAAGCGCGAUCUCGAUUCCAUGCUCGCAAUGGACAAUGAAACCAUCUAUGAAGAUGUGGUCCGCAAACCGAUACCCUUUGAGCUCAGGAGCGAGCAUCAUCUAGAACGCAGUCUUAUGAAGCGCGAGCCCAAGGUGCUUGAUUGGGAAGGCUAUGAUCUUCCAUGCGGAACCUACAAAUAUUGCUCACAGGCAGCCAAGUCGGGUGGUGUGAAUAAGUGGUUCGGCUUCCGAGGCGGCGAGAAACAAUGCGAGACAGCGAUAACCAAAAUGACUAUCCGUGACGUAAACCCUAAGGAGUUUGUCACGGAGCAUAUCUACGAGGUCCAAAUGUUGAAGGUCUUCAUGUUAUGGCUCAUUAAAGGCCCCCAUCCCACAGGGUAUACAGCAGCAUCUCUAGACUGGGUUUCCAAUGUGAUUAUUGGCGGUAUCAAUCCAACUAGUACCAUUGUCCCACCCAGGGAUAUGAACUGGGACGCAGACACUGCGUUUUUUCAAAUGACAUUUGGCCUAGGUGGCGACCAUAAUCCUGGCGGACUCGCACUCGCCCAGAAAGGCAUGAAUGGGCGCAAGCAAAAGUUUUUCGAAGGCGGAACACCCGAUUCCAGGAACUCUUUCAACAAUCUUCAAACUCGACUCGGGCACCGCAACACUGCUGGCGUUUUCUCUUACAUGCGGAACACAGUCAUCUGGGGCAAAUUUGUCGCUUCGUCACAACACAUGGAACAAACACUGGCUGAGUUUGAUGCAAACUUCAACUGGAACGGCCAAAACGCAGAGAAUGUCGGUCAGCCGGGGAUCCCACAACGUGCCGCCGGCCAACCCGUAGCAGGAUUGCGAGACUUGUAUUGCUACUGGAUCGACAUGUUUCUUAGAGACAUUGAAGCCAAGGGUGUAGCAUGGUGGAAUGCUGCAGAGCCAGCAUACCGCCAGUCCUCCUACGGAAGCGACAACGAUGGCAUCAAGUGGCUCAAGAACGUCAUGAAUACAAAUGGACCAAUUUCACCAACGACAAUGCGCUUCUUGCAUGCUCGGAAUCAGCACGGACCCUUUGGUUCUAACAAUAACCCAACUGUACUGUGGGCGCAGAGUAAUUAUGACAGCUUGUGGGGCAAUGGACCAGCGGGCCCGUUCUGA